AUGCGUGUGUACAACGGGGUUAUCGGGGCUUUGCGCGUCCAGAGUCACUACGUUCCCACGAAAUUCUUCUUGAGAGGGAAGUCUCCUCGACAUGUGUCAAUUUCGAAACGAGGACAUUUGACAGUUAGUCUUGCAAGAGGUCCCUCAGAGCCGCCUUUGAUUGAGUCCACUGUGGGCGGCCACUUUGCAAAGAUAGUCGCACAGCAUGGGGAUAGACUCGCAGUCAUCUCCAAGCAUCAAAAUGAUUCGAUCACCUACUCCGAGCUUGAUACCAGAAGUAAUGCUCUCGCGCGUGGACUGAAAUCAGUCGGUGUGAAGAAAGGAGACCGAGUCGCCGUCAUGCUUGGGAAUUCUAUGGAGUUUGCAGUGGCAACAUACGCUUUAUUCAAGCUCGGUGCUAUACUAGUCCCGCUCAAUCUUUCAUUCAACGCCAUGCAGGUAGUUGCUGCCCUGGGCCACCUCGAAACCACCCAUCUCAUCAUCAGCGCCGAGUCCAACCUUCCUCGCAAAGACCCUCGAAGCAAUGUACCUCUUCUUGAGCACCUCAUUCCAAACCUUUCAGGCGCGAAGAUCCAAUCUGCUCUGGUUCCCUCACUGAGGCAGGUCAUUCUUGUGGAUAACUCCUCCGGUCGCGUGGACUCGUCUGCUUACAAAAGCCUAACACCAUUCUCAUCCAUCAUGUCUCAAAUACCCGCAGAUGGCUGCGCUCUACCAGAGCAGGACCUCUCUGCGGACGAUAUCGUCAACAUCCAGUUUACGUCCGGCACUACAGCUAUGCCAAAAGCUGCGUGCCUGAGUCAUCGAUCAAUUCUGAAUAAUGGCUCACAGAUUGGAGACCGUAUGCUCCUCACUCCCAGCGAUGUCGUUUGUUGUCCACCGCCACUCUUCCAUUGCUUCGGAUGUAUUCUAGGCUACAUGGCGACGGCCACUCACGGCUCAGCCAUAGUUUUCCCAGCCGAGUCUUUCCACGCACGCGCUACACUCAAAGCAAUUCAAGAAGAGAAAUGUACCGCGCUCUACGGCGUCCCAACCAUGUUUCUCGAAGAACUCACUGGGAGUAGCAUUCCCUCCGAGCUAAUGAAGAAGCUGCAUAAAGUCUUGAAUCUUACUGAACUGACAAUAUGCUAUGGGAUGACGGAGACCAGCCCCGUGUCUCUUAUGACUACCACGGAUGAUCCAAUAGAUCGAAGGAUCAAUACUGUGGGAAGAUUGAUGCCGCACGUAGAGGCUAAAAUCGUGAAUCCCGCGAACAAGGAAGAGAUUGUUCCAAUAGAAACGCGUGGCGAAUUAGCAGUCAGCGGGUAUCUCCUUAUGAAGGAGUAUUGGGCAGAUCCGGAAAAGACAGCAGAAGUGAUGAUCGCAGACGAUAAUGGAAAGGUUUGGAUGCAUACCGGAGAUGAAGCCUCUAUGUCCCCAGAUGGCUAUGUUACCAUCACUGGCCGAAUCAAGGACUUGAUCAUCCGCGGUGGCGAGAACAUCCACCCCUUGGAAAUCGAAAAUUGCUUGCUAGGAAAUCCUGGCGUCGGCGACGUAUCUGUUGUCGGUGUUCCCGAUGAGCGAUAUGGCGAGGUAGUGGCAGCUUUUGUGAUUGCGCGAGAACAUGGCCCUAAAACCAUCACUGCCAAGGAACUUCAGGACUGGGUUCGCGAAAAGCUGAGCAGCCAUCUUGUGCCUAAAUACGUCUUCUUCUUGGGACCGUUAGAUGCAUUCCCGAAGACUGCGAGCGGCAAAAUUCAGAAAUUUAAGCUAAAGGAGCAGGCAAUCAAGCUGUUGGCCGAAGGGAGAGGACGGUAG